CGUGACACACCCAGACAAUCAAGUGCUACACACACACACACACAUUCAUCACCAGUCGAUCGAUCCGACAGCUAGCUAGCCAUGGCCGCCGGGAGGAAGGUGACGAUGAGCAGCGCCGGCGUGGCCGCCGCGCUGGUGGCGCUGCUGGUCGUGGCGGCGGCGUCGGGCGCGACCGGGUACCAUGUCUGCAACGUGGACACGGACAGCCUGGUCAACAACUGCAAGUCCUACUGCACGGCGGGCAGCUCGGAGGCCAGUCCCAGCGGCGCGUGCUGCGGCGCGGUGCGCGGCGGUGACUUCCACUGCCUCUGCCAGUACAAGGGCGUGCUGCCCAAGAACAUCGACGCCAACCGCGCCAUGCAGAUCCCCGGCAAGUGCAGCUACGGGGCGGUCUCCUGCUAGUCAGUCACGCACUACCAGCAGCUCGAUUGGCGCCGGUCGCCGGUUGCACUAGUAGAUCGUACGUAAGGUGUUAACUUUCACUCGUUCGUAGGAGUAAGUUCUGGUCGGCUGGCUGAUCCGAUGGUGCUCCUGCGUGCGUGCACGCUUUGUGUUGUAUCCUCUUUUGCUUUUCGUAAGUCAUGUCGCAGAAAUAAAACUUGUUUCCCGUGUUA